GGGAAAGGGAGGCGGGGCGUGUGCUGAAGGGGGCGGGGCUCGGUGUGUUCCGGAGUAGCUUUCCGGGAGUUUGGAGCAGGCGGCAUGGGGGCGGCGGCGGCGUCGGCCACUGUCACAGGCUCGUCGGCUGGGGCGUCCGGGGUCUGGAACAUCUUCUCCUCCAUGGACUACGGCCCCGCGCCCGAGAGCCCCUCGCUGGCGCAGGCCUGGCUGGACGCCCAGGGCCCGAGCCUGGGGCACUUUGUGAACGGAGAGUGGCUGAAGCCCAAGAACCAGAAGCCCGCCAUCUACAGGGACCCCUGCUCAGGCGAGCCCCUGGCCAGAUGUUUGCAGGCCGACAGCGGGUUCGUGGCUUCGGCCGUGGAGGUGGCGGAGCGGGCUUUCGAAGCGUGGAGCCGGCUGCCCGGGGCCGCCCGGGCCCAGCACCUGGUUAGGCUGGCAGAGACGAUCCGGAGGCACCAGAAGCUCCUGUGGACGCUGGAGGCGAUGGCGUCGGGCCGGGUGGUGCGCGAGGUCCGGGAUGGGGACCUGCCCCUGGCCCAGCAGCUGCUGCAGUACCACGCGGGCUGGGCCCAGACCCAGGAGCAGGCCCUGCAGGGAUGGGAGCCCGUGGGAGUGGUGGUGGUCGUCCUGCCGCCAGCCUUCUCUUUUGUCGAGAUGAUGUGGAGGAUCUGCCCGGCUCUGGCCGUGGGGUGCACCGUGGUGGUCCUCGGAGGCCCGGCCUCCCUGAGCGCGCUGCUGGUGGCCCAGCUGAGUGAGGAGGCCGGGCUGCCUCCCGGAGUCUUCAACGUGGUCACGGGGACGGCCCCGCCAGCGACGCUGCUGUCCUGCCUGCCCGGCGCGGCCAAGGUCGCCUUCUCCGGGCCCGUGGAGGAAGGCAAGGCCUUGCGCCAGGCGCUCGCCGGAAGUGGCACGGACCUCUCCCUGAGCCUGGGCACGGAGUCUCUGAUGGUGGUCACGGACACGGCCGACCUGGACUCUGCGGUGGAAGGGGUGGUGGACGCGGUCUGGUCUGACCGCAGCCCGGGGGGGCUGCGGCUGCUGGUGCAGCUGUCUGCCUACGAGGAGGUGCUGUGGAAACUGGAGACCCGCCUGCACAGAGUGCGCCAGGGCCAGAGCUUGGACUGGGCCGUGGACAUGGGCACCCGGGGGGCGACCGCCUGGGAAAGGGCCCAGAGCUACAUCCAGGAGGCACAGAGCCAAGGGGCCCAGAUAUUCCAAGAUGAGAGCGCCCCCCCGCAGAGCCCGUUCUUCCCCCCGACGCUGGUCCUGGGCCUGGCCCCGGCCAGCCCCUGUGCCCAGGCGGAGGUACCCUGGCCUUUGGUCACGGUCUUCCCCUUCCGCACGGCCAAGGAGGCCCUGGCCAUGGGCAACGGCACCCCCCGAGGGGGCAGCGCCAGCGUGUGGAGUGAGCGGCUCACCCUGGGCCUGGACCUGGCCUAUAAGCUCCUCAUGGGCACUGUUUGGAUCAACGCCCACGGCCUCAAGGACGCAGCCGCCCCCGUCGGGGGCUGCAAGGAGAACGGCUCCGCCUGGCACGGGGGCCCUGAUGGGCUCUACGAGUACCUCCGCCCGGUGGGCGCCCCCCCGCGGCUCCGAGGGCCCCCGCAGCUUUUGGACUACGACAAGUUUGGCCUGUCGGCCCGCCCCGUCCUGCCGUCCGGCGCUGGCGCCUCCCCCGCCAGCACGACCGCCCCGUACGGGGUCUUCGUGGCCGGGCGCUUCCAGAACCCUGCCAGCCGCAGCUCCAGGCCCGUCCUGGGCUCCGGCGGGCGCGUCAGUGCCCACGUGGCGGAGGGGGGCGCCAAGGACAUCCGGGAGGCCGUGGAGGCGGCGCACAAGGCGGCAGCCGCCUGGGCCAGCCGGGUGCCAGGGAGCCGGGCGUCGGCCCUGUGGGCACUGGCGGACGUGUUAUCCCAGAGGAGCCAAGAACUGGCAGAACAGCUGGCGGAAGUGACGGGCGGCGACCUCGCGGACGCUCAGGCUGAAGCGGUGCUGAGCAUUGCCCGGCUGCGGGCCUGGGGCGCCCAGGUCCAAGCCCAGGGAGCCGGCCUGCACAGUGCCGGGCCCCACGGGCCUUUUCUGCGCCUUCGAGAGGCUCUGGGCGUGCUGGCCAUCGUCUGUCCGGAGGAGCGGCCCCUGCUCGCCUUCGUGUCUCUCCUCGCCCCGGCCUUGGCCCACGGGAACGCCGUCGUCGCGGUGCCCAGCGGGACCUGCCCGCUGCCGGCCCUCCAGCUCUGCCAGGACAUGGCCGGCCUGCUCCCCCCCGGGCUGGUGAACGUGGUGACGGGGGACCGCGAUCACCUCACCCGCUGCCUGGCCCUUCAUCAGGACGUCCCUGCCCUGUGGUACUUCGGCUCUGUCCAGGGCUCCCAGUUUGUGGAGUGGGCCUCCGCUGGAAACCUCAAGGCCGUGUGGGUGAACAGAGGCCACAGCCGAUCCUGGGACCAGGAGGGAGAGGGGGCCGGACCCGAGCUGGGCCUUCGGGCGGCCCGCACUAAGGCGCUCUGGCUGUCCCUGGGAGACAUCUGAGCCCGGCCCGCAGGGCCCCCUGGCCCAGGCCCGGCCCUCGCCGUGGUCCCCUCCCGAAGAAACGAUCCGAUGUCCGGCCGGCUGGCUGCGAGAGCGGUGGGCUGCGGGGCGGGGCUCACAGGCGGCUCCGGGACCCCCGAGGCGGCCUUCCCUGGACGGUCUCUCGGCCCGGGGCCUCCUGCCGCGUUCAGAGCCUUCCACGAGGGGCAGCCUGGCCACCUUCCGGGUGGCAGGAAGCUUCUCUGCUGGCCCCCGGGCGCUCCUCCCUGUGCCAAGCAAAGCAAACCCGCUCCCUGGCCCCUUGCGGCCGGCCUCUCCCGGAGGCUCCAUCUCUGGGCGGCCCCUUGGCCUAGAUCCAGAACAGACCAAUGCAGAUGGGGCGACCAGCCCAGCUCCUUGGGGGGAGCUUCUUUGGGCCCGGGCCAGGGGGCUCAGCAGGGACUCAACCCCUCAGUUCCUCAAUGUCCCCCAAGUCUUCCUUACUCCUGGAGUCCUUCAGUCCCUGGCUGCCACCCCCCCCCCCCAAGUCCUCCGACACCCAUCGGUCUUCGUACUCCUAAGUCCAACCGUUUUAUCGAUGGCUGGGCCCGGGGGCACCCGAGUCCGCCCGCUGCCGUCCCGGGCGGCGAGGAAGGAGGGGCCGAGUGAUGCAUCCGGAGCGGAGCAGGGCCGCUGGGCCGGGACACGGAGUUUGUGGCGGGGAGCCGGAAGGGGCCGGGUUUUCCAAGCUUGACGAUGAUUCGAAGAUUUUUUCCUUGCCCCGCUAUCCUGUCAUCCCUCACUUCCCAGAGACCCCCCAGCUGCCAAAUAAUGUCAUGUCAAUUAAAGAUCUUUUUACCGCAA